AUGAAGGCCAAGCAUGUUCUCAAUGCAGUGCUAGAUGGUGUCGAUUAUUUUUGCCGAAAAAGCGACAGCAAGACGCUUAAGCAGCUGGCAAUCUCAAUCGGAUCUCAGGUCGGUACCACGAAGACCUCUAUAAGACACAACAUAUUGAAUCAGUGUGAACUCUUACAACAGCUGGCUGAUGUAAGGAAGAGUCGAGGAAGUUUGGACAUCACUGCUAUUGACAUCGGUUUGGAGAAUUUUGCUUACACCAGGCUGUCGUGGAACGCAGGUAAAGAAUUGCCCGAAUUGAAAGAAUGGAACAAGAUUCGACUAUCCAGCCUUGAUGAAAGUUCGGAUAUCGUGAAAACACCGUUCACACCAAAAUUUCUGACCGGAAUAGGUUUGAACCUUACUGAUAUCCUUACUAAAAGGGCACCGGAUUUUUUUGCCAUAGAAAGGCAACGCACCAGGACUCUGGGCUCAGCUGCUGUGCCCGACCCUAUAAUUAAGGCAAACGCUCUCGAACAUGUCCUUUUCAUGAGUUUGAAAUCCAAGAAUUUCUAUACCGGAGGUCUCGACUAUCUGGUAGAAUCUUCGGAUCCAAGACGUAUGACCGACUACUGGUGUCAACUGAUACCAGUAGACGACUUGAUGAAGUCCAAAAAUGGUCUAAAGUCCAUGGAAGGAACCUCCAAAUCAAAAAGCUCGACAUUUACAAAGAUAAUCAAGAUUGCUCUCGUGAGAUCAAUGAUAGAGCAACAAUCUCCAGAAAAGUUUACGGUUUCUGCACCGCUACAGAAGCGGCUUGAGAAUUACAAACCACAGAAGAAAUACGAUUUGUUCGAGGCAUUGCAGCUCGGACCCAUGGCUGGAACUCCCAAACAGGACGAUCUGGCAGAUUGUAUGCUUCACGGAUUGGCCUGGCUAGAGUGGCUCAAAACCUACGAGGACUUGGCGUCCGUCAUAGCUGUUUCUGGAGAGGACCCAGCAGGAUUGAAGGCAUUCAAAGAGUUCAACAAAUCGACGCUGCAGAGACGUACAAAGUAUGCCAAGAAUUGCAUAAUUGAACUUUGA